UUGACUGUCUGAAGACGUCGACAUCCAGUCUGUCACCAAGAUGGAGGCUGAGCCUGAAGACACACCCAAGGUCAAGGAGCCUGAGCAGCAGAAGGUGACAGAUGCAGGUGAGGUGUUCCUCCUGAUGAAGAAGGAUUAUCGCAUCUCCCGCAACAUCCGCUCCCAGUGGUUCUUCUCCAACCUCCACAGAACGGUCCAGGUUACCCCCGACGACCAGCUGCCAGAGUCCGACAGGGAACUCGAGAUCCUGUCAGUCCUGCCCCAGGGGUGGAAGGGGGAACCUGUCGACCCAAGCACCUGCUACAGACUGGUGCACACAUCCAAGGCCACGUUCCUGGCCCGGCGGUACCGGUUCGUGUUUGCCCUUGACCUGAGCCCCUCGACCUCCAGUGUGGAUGGGUGCCGGGGCAGGGUCAUGCUGGAGGAAGUGUUCGCUGCACUUGAAAACUGCCUCUCAGGUCUGACGGAGCCGUACUCUGCGCCGGGUUCCAGCCACGUGUUCACGCCGCAGAUCUAUGUGACGGUGAUCGCGUACACGCCGCUGAUAUCGUACAAGACCCAGCAGGUCAUCAUCCAGGGCUGCCUGGUGACUCAGACCAACCUGCCUGCCCUGCUGGCAACCGUCAGACAGCAGUUCUACGAGGUAGAGAACAAGAUUGCAGAAGGCUCCCGUGUGGUGAUGCAGGGAACUGACGAUCUCUCUGGUGGCAUGUUCGACGACAUCGUAGACCCCAUGGGGGGUAAGAAGGCGUGGGAUGCCAUGGUUACGCCAGAUGUCGGGCUCGUCAACAUGCUCCGUUAUGGCAUCCUCGCCUUACAGCUUCUUCCAGACAACACCAGCGCUAGGAUUGUUGUAAUAACAGAUGGCGUGACCGCCAUGCCAAAUAUGGAGAUGAUGGAAUCUCUGUUAGUCCAACUGCGAAGCUCGACGAUUGCGUGUUCCUUUCUACAGCUUGGCUCUGCCUACAGGCCCAGCAUGUCUAUGGGCUACGUUCUACACAACCAGCUGCUGAAGUUCCUCGCCGCGGCGACGUUCGGCGCUUACCUAGAGUUCUGCCCGGGCGUGGGGAGGACAGCCGAGGGGAUGAACAUAUACCAGAAGGCACUGUUCGAGUGGCACUUCCAGAAGGGGCUGAGCGAGCUGCCGUUGAAGGCCAUGCGAGGGCAGUUCAGGGAGAGUGUUCCCCCGGUGAUGACAGACCCGGAGAAGCCGCGGUGGAUGUGGAACGAGAAGGCGAUGAGCGCGUGCCCCAUCAUGAGAAAGAAGCACAGCGAAAACACCCUCCAGGUGUCCAUCUUCAACGUUCUGGCGGUGCGGUUACGCGAAGGGUACACCAUCAAGGAGGUCAUCAUGACCAAGAACGACACCCAGAUCGAGGUCAAGGUCGUGUUGCCAUGGAAACACGACGUGACCUUGGAGUACACAGCGUCCAGUGCCUGGCCUCCCAAGGACACGAAGAGGAUCACCCAAGUCGAGGUCAGCCUAGAAGGAAGCUACGACUUCUUACACGACAUCACCUGCCCCAUGAAGAAGCCUUUCAAGAGCGCGUACCGCACGUCGGUCGUAAAACGGUUCUGGCAGACCGUCCAUGGAGUUUCGCGAACGGACCAGCUUCUAGUCCACAUUCAGUCCUUUGCCAGCAACCCUCGGUAUUACGUCGUGCCGGAAAGCGUACGGAAUGGUGUUCCGUUGUUCUACAUGAGUCACAGCUCUGCCGCGCCGGUCCCGUCACUCCAACACUCGGAGAUGAAGGAGACCGGUUUGGCGGAAUUUGCCGCCUUCUGGCAGCCGAUGGUGCAACUUGACACCAACGUCUGGCAGCGCUGGCUGCACACCCACCGGAUCACGAUUCUCCUCACCCACGACAAACCCCUGCCCUACCACCUGCACAUCCCCGGCCCAAAUGGGCGCUACGACACCGUCCAGUGCCGCGUGUCCUUCACGGAGGUACACAAGCUUCUGAGCAAGGAGACUUCCUUCGUGCUCGUGGAGAGCUACUGCUACGUCAAGCUUCUCUUCAGCAACAAGGACAAGCCGCCUACGUCAUUCUUCGUGGUCAGAGUCUCCUCUAAGCCACCUUGCAUGGUUGUUCGGUUGGCCUUCUUGGGAGGCACACCAGGACACAUCAGAAACGAGAUCGUCACCGACAUCAAGGAAAAGCUCAACACGCUCAGCAAACGGGCGCACAAAGUGGACACCCCAAAGGGAAAAUCCUCUCCUUCCAAGCAAGGUGCUACAGACAAGCCAGAGCAGGGGCAGGCAGAGAGGGCUUGUCUGGUGUUGCAGGCGAAGCCGCUGGAAAAGAUGCUGAUUCGGUACGAAAAAGUUCCCUCUGAUUACACCAGCCUGUACUCAGCCUCAGUAGAGGCACCUGCAGCUGCAAGAGUCGGGGGGAGCACGCCUCUGAUCACCGUGAACAAGACAGCCACCACGAUGUUUGGCACGUUAUCGCGCUACCUGUACCACCAGCGAUGGGUGUGGGGCGUCCAGCUUGGCCCGGCGGCUCCGGUGACCGCUCAAGACGCUGCACGGAUCCUGGCGACUCUGACCAAGACUAGGCUUCGGGAGGGGUUCAGCUUUGCGCACUGCUACUCCGGAAUGGUGAGCAUGGUGGCAGAGGUGCACAUGCGGGACCCGCUACGCCACGACGUGCCAGAAUCCGAGGGUGGUGUCUUCUCCUGUUUCCUCCAGUACGUGCUGUUCCCUCCACACACCUGCACCACUAAGGACAGCGUAACCAGCAUCUCUACUGACGAUGAUGAACUGGAAACUACCGAGGCGGACGGGGAGUUACAGAUCAUCGUGGAGUGCUGGAUUGAGCCACAGUGUGGCGUCGUAAUCAACUCUCCGGCACAGCAGAGGCACCUGGACGGUCUGGAGUACCAGGAUAUCCCCCAGGCCCUGCUGCCGUUUGACUCCCACAUCAUCUCCGCUCUGGUGACCUUCCAGCACCUCAGCGCCAUGUGUGGCAACCGCUGCAUCCCGUCCCCGACAACCAUGGAAGGCAGCGGGUCGGGAAGAACCACCCCCACGAUAGCAGACUACGGAGUAACAGACAGCAACAUCAAGCAUGUGUUCUUCCCUUUCGAUCUUGUCGAGUUGCUGCCGCAUUGCCAGAAGGUGUCGAUGCAGUUCCAGGCUUGUAGGCAGGAGGAGGAACCACAGGAUGGAGAGAGUCAGCCGAAGGGGCAGCAAGCAAACCGGGACCUGUUCAAGCUCAUGCACGACCGGCUGGAAGAACUCACCCACCGUGAGCUGCCUCUGUCGGAGGAUGUCUCCGCAAGCUUCACCAAGACUCUGACAACAGAGACAAACGUCUCAGCUGAUCACAAGGCUGAUGACACCAUCGUCGAGGAACCUGAACCUGAAGCAGGCAAAGCUACAACAGGUGCAAAGAAGAAAGAAGAGGACAGCACACCUCAAACGGAAAUGAAAACUCUGGCUGAUGCCCUCAUGGAGGAACAGGUACCCGAAGUAGAGUGGAAAUGCUACAUGAAAUCUGUCAGAGCAGGCAACGUGGUCCUCACGGUCCUGCCCAAAACUUACCAGGAUGUGGUUGUCUUUGACAACUAUCGAAAGAAGAAGGAGGAAGAAGCAAGACUCCUCAAGGAGGAAGAUGGAACCCAAGGAGAUGAGUCAGCUGAUAGACAUGAGCAAGAGAUGCCUUCUGUUUUAACAGAGAUAGAAGAAGUGGAGGAAUUCAAGUCAUUAGAAAGUAUGGAAGAGACAUUGACAGAAGGUGAUGAGGAUAAAGAUGAACAAUCAAAACCAUCAACAUCUGAGAGUGAAGGACAAUCAGAAGACAAACCCGAAGCUGCAGAAGAGAAGGCGAGGCAAGAAGAUGAUGAAGAAAAAGAUGCAGAAGAAGAAGAAGUUUCAGAUGCAAAGCCUACAGUGUCUCCACCUGUAACUAUCCCUAUCUAUGUCUUCAGCUGUCAGCAGUCCUGCCUACUGAGACAGCUUGAGUUGGGAGUCAACGAGACCACGCCCGAAAGCGUCCGCGACCACCGCUUUGACCGCGAAGGGUUCCUGGUCCGAAGCAACAGCCAGUUCAGCGAUUUCUGGAAGAGCCGGGAGUCCGUUCGACUGAACUCUGACCAGCGCGUCGACUCCCGUGAGACCAUCGACGAAGACUUCAGUUCCGGUGACUCCUUCAAGGAUUUCUGCGACCAGAUCUCGGAUGGUAUUCAGCAGAGUUACGUAACCGCCGUGUUCCAGAGCCUACAGGACGAGGUUCCUCUCGACCACCUGGACGUACAAGCAGCAGUGGAGAAUGUUUGCGAGGAGCAGCUACAUGAGAUUGACAUCACCGAGUUCCUCGGUACCCUGUGUGGCCACCUGAGCGACUGUCAACAUCUUCGGAAGCAAAGAUCGGACAGCACGAUCGAAGAGGAUCUAAAUGAGACAAAGGAAAGCAUUGACACUGUCAUCGACGCAGAAGACAAAACUAAGUUCUUCUCACUCGGUUCUCUACCAGCAGGGUGCGAGUCGAGCUUGGAGCUCCACAAAACAAUCAAAGAGAAGUUUGCACAGACGGUGGGAAAGUAUUUCCAGCCUGUCCCGUCCAGCCCAGACCUGUACUUCUACUGCUCGCCGCGGCAGAAUCGACACAGCUCCCAGCAGGCAGAGGACCCCGCACAGCCGCGCUUAGCCAGCGAAGACGAAUCUUCCAUCACUACAGAAGAUGAAGAUAACGCACAGUCGGACACAGAGCACAUCCGUAUAGAGAGCGUGAGCGACAGUGACAUCAUCAUUGAUGAUACCAUGGAAACCACAGAGGAUGAGGAGGAUGAUGAUGAGGAUGAACUCGGUCGUACAGAAACUCUAGGUUCCAUCAGCGUACAGAGUGAGUUCGGCAGCCGAGAGUCUGUUGUACUCGAGGAGGCAACCUCUGGAAGUGUUCCUCCUCUCUUCCUCAACCUGACCUGCUCGUUGAGAAGUGGAAGCCACCGAGGGAGCAUGGGAGUGACUCAGGACAGCCUGCCGACUUGUGUGAGGGACGUAUCCGCCUGCCUGGACCCCAGUGUAAAGGAACUCGACCUGUCAGACUUCUAUGUCACCCUAGACAUCAUCUGCCUCACACUUCCAGGCGUAACAAACAACGACGAUUCCUUAGAACACCGGCCGGAGUUGAACCGGAUGACGUCGACCGACACGAACCUCGGCAGCCCUGUUGGCAGCCCGCAGGACUUCCAGACUCCUCGCUCCACCGAGCAGGACUUCUUCUCUGACACACACAUGGACCCGCUUGACGGCCUCCCCGAAGCUCAUCGCAAACUUGUCCUGGACUUUGUGGACCAGGUGAAGUUCCUGCUGAAGGAUGAGAUCACUGCAGCGCUGCGUCUGAUCCAGCCGGUUACCAUAGAAACGCUGGAGAAAGUGGCGGCCCACGUCCACGACUCCUCCUGCCGGCUGGAGACCGGGCUGUCCGUCAACCCGUUGGACUUACCACUCACCAUACAGGAGGACGUCCCGCUACAGUUCGUCUUCGGUUCGGACCAGAGUCACGCCAAGUUUGUGGAAGCUCUUGAUGACCUACAGCUGCCUGGUUACAAGCUGGAGAAGGUUUGGCCAUGGUACUACACAGUGCUGGAUCCGAGCGCACCGCAGUGGAAACGGAAGGCAGAGAACCUCAACGACUCCCUUCCUCUGAGCAGUGUGAGCAAUUCUGAAGACAUCACGUCUCCUCGAAGCAGUCGGGAGCACUCAGAUUCUGUCUCCACGUCUUACAGUGGGCGAGAACACUCGGACUCUUUUGCUACAGUAGUGGACACCAAGGCAGCCAAGCAGGACACAAACAGAGCUGCAUCACCCGCUGACAAAACCAGCGUCUCACCUUCACAAGAAACAAGCAAGAAGCAAACUUCCUCGCAGGCAGCGGCUCCUGAAGAGCAGCUCCUUGGGCUGCCCCUUCCAAUGGACACUUGGGAAUGUCUUGAGGAUGGAGACAAGGAUGAAGCAGCAGUGGAGAAAGCUAUAGACUCUACCGAACUGAUCGACCAGGGGCUUGAAGAGCAGGAAAUUGCCAAAGACGCUGAAGAAGGAGACAAAAAUAUGGUGCCCAAAACUGUUACAGAAGAGAAUCCACUAAGCCAGGAAGAAGGGGCUGUAUCUGUAGACGCUGCAGUGGUGAAUAGAGAUGAGCAAAGAAAGGAUGAAAGUCAAAAUUACAACAAAGAAGACAGUGAACAAAGAGAACCAGGCAGAAAUGUAGAGACAGAUAAAGUGCAAGUACACGAAGAUGAAAUAUCCGACAAAACUUUGGAAGAUGUAAGCAGCGAUGAGAGCGAACAGACCAAACAACACACAGAAGGCAGUGACGCACCCCUCACAGACAGUGAACUCAUCGAAAAUCUUCCUUUAGAGCGAACAACAGACACUUUGAAAAAUGAUGAUGACUCAGCUUUGCAAACAGAUGAUUCUAAUAAAAGUUUACCAAUAGCAAAACCCGAAGGUCCGGUCCUACCAAACUUCUGGCUGAUCAUGAAGGUCUCCACGGAUAAAGUCGAAAUGUUCUGCCAUGCAAGGAAGGGCAACAUGGACGACCAUUCAACCCUGUUCGAGACCCUUGGCGACAAGAUCCGCAACAGCUGCAAGCUCGUGAACCAGAAGAUGCUUCUCCAAGACCUGCACGACACGCGCACCUGCAACUCCCUCUUGGUUGCCGAGGACGACGAAGACAUCUGGCUGAAAGACGACUAUGGCCCCGGUGGAGGUCAAAUCGGGGUCACAGCCGUCAGCGCCGUGGAGGAUUUCGCAGAGAAGAAUAAGAAGUACCUGGCAGCGACCAUGCAGUACAUGCCCGGGUACUUUGCGUGUGACUGUGUGUGGAGGGUCCACUUCUCCAUCCACCAGAGGCUGAAGACUGGACCGGCCCGCGGAGUCUCUCGUGGCCAGCAGGCCCUGAGAUCCGCGCUCUCCGCCUUCUCAGUCAACAACCAGAAGAACAUGUUUGUGUUCCAGGAGCGUACUGGGGCAGUGUUCUACCUGCAGCUGUUUGAAUCCAUGUGUGUGAGCGGGUCACACAACACCCUCAACCUGCCUGAGGUCGGUAAGGGAGAGGACGAGAACUCUCUCCUCAGCUCCCGAACAUCAUCGCUCCUCUCCCUCCCCAUUCGGGGCGGGGCUGCCGAGCUGGAGGAAGACAUCAGGGAGUACCAGCAGGCCGUGGAGAAGGAUUCAGGUGUGGAGACGGUUCCUCAGUCACAGACCGGCUCUACAUCCUCCCAGGGCCAGGCAGAGGAGAGUGUGGUACUGAUGGUGCACGGCGUACAGCCCGCGGGAGCGGAGAUCCGAGUGGACCUGGUACAGAUCCUGCAGCACCGAUUGGACGACGCCACCCUUGAUGUCAUCAUCCUGAUGCUGGCGCGGAACCCGAUGUGCCGCCUGUCUCCCGCGGACGUGCUGUUCAUCCAGCCUCCGUCUGAGCUGCCCACCCACAGCCUCCGUCUGGCCAUCCCUGCCCAACACUCCUCCCACAUCCAGGCAGUUGACUUCUACCUGAAGCAGAACCUCCUACAGUUCCUUCACAACCCCAAGUACAGCGAACACGUCCACUUCCAGGACGUGGAUCGGAAGAGCGUGCCCCAAACCGACCAAGACGUCUUCCUUUACAACCGUCCUCAAGAAUCGGGCGGAAAGGGACUUGCUUGUAUCAUCCUCGGCCAUGUGGACCAGGAAGGUAACUACAUCCAGCCUCCGCCAGCCCCGAAAGUGUCUUCUGACGCCUACAAGGUGGCCAUGACGUGGGCUAACUUCAAGACGUUGACCGAGACGCACAGACUCGAAGGCGGUUCCAGUCCUCAAGACGUUGGCGCAAUUCUCCAGUUCAACAUCUGGGAGCGGGGUGACAUCGACUUCAAGCAGCUGGCCGAGAAGCUUAGCCAGGCCCUUCAGCACGCGCUGUGUGAUGUCAUCACGGAGUACUACAUGCUGACUGCACCAAUAGCAGAGCUGGAGGAGGAGGAUGGGGAGGAGGAGGAUCUACUGGAUGAGGAGUUGAUGGAGAAAUUUGGAGAAGGGGAUGUUUCGCCCGUGGAGGGGAGGCAACUGUCGGAGGAAAAUGGGGAAGAACCUUCAUCAGAAACGACCCUGACCUGGAAGGACCGUGAGGUAGCCAGGAGGAAGGAGGAGGAUCACAGGAGUCAGCUGUGGAGGCUGCAGUCAGGUUCAGAGGGCGUGCUGCACACCAUGUACAUGGGCAGGGUGCAGAGGUGGUUCGACUUCAUGGUGGGUAUGAACAGUCCUGCAGUGGUUCGCGACACGCAGGCCGUGGACUCCCGCUACGCCAUCCCCAUCCUCCUGCGGGAGCUCUGCGACCUUGUACACCUCCUCGCAAAGGACAACACCUUACGGGUGUACAAACACUGCCAGGAACAGAACUACACCCUUCUGAAGGUUCCCAAAGGCCCACCAAAGUCGGAGGAGGUUUGUCACGCCCCUGGACUGGCGGAUAACUACAUCCUGCUGGCUCGGAGUCUGAAACAGUGGCGAGAGUGCAUGGAUGUGAAGUAUGGGGAGAUGGGAGGGGACGAGGAGAAGGCCAUGCCUCCUGUCUCAUACAAAGGUGUGCAGAAGUUUAAGGCACAGGAGCGGAAGGCGCAGGAUAAGCUUCCAGAAGGGGCGGGGUCGGUACCACGGCAACGGCUGAUGAUCGUGGAGAUCCGAGACACCCAGAUCACGACGUACCAGUACAACUGGGCGGGCGACCUUAGCGUGACCUUGAGACAGCAGCUGGCACAGCUCAGUCAGUGGCACAACGCAAGGUCACAUCUACUGCAGUCACUUCUGGUGCAGAAACUGGGUCUGUUCCAUCAUCAUCCAUACCAGGUUGAGAAUGCAGCGAACCCCUUUCUGCGGUACUCCCAAGAUGCUGACCUCCUCGUGAAGUGUUCCGCUCCCCCCGUGAAGGAGCUCCAAGCCCGCGCUGCGCAGGGGUUCCGCGGGAGUGUCCUGUUCCACCCGGCUCUGCGGAAGUUUGACCAAUGCCUGAGAGACGUCCACCUGCGCUGCGCCAUGCACCAGGCACCGUACGCCGGUCAUCCUAACCCUGUCUUUCGACACGGCAUACAAGCACAGGCUCUGCGGAAGUUUGAUCAGUGCCUGAGAGACGUCCACCUGCGCUGCGCCAUGCACCAGGCGCCGUACGCUGGCCAUCCUAACACUGUAUUCCAACACGGCAUCCAGGCACAGGAGGCGCGUAACAUCGAGUGGGGCGACUAUGACACCAUUCACAAGCUGAAGAGCCUGUAUCUGAUGUGGCAGCAUCGAAGCGGGCAGGUCAACGUCCCGAUUCCCGACGACCUUAUCGACCUUAUGAAGAUGCAGUCCCGCCUGGUGCACUACUGCACCACGCCCCUACUGUACCAUCCCUUCUGGCUCGACCAGGAGAACGGGAAGGUUGCUAGGAAGGCCGCGCCUAGCGACGACUCGUGGCUGAUGGACCUGUCUUCAUCAUUCCUUCAGCAAUAUAUCCAGUACCUGCAGUCCCUUGGUUUCGUGCUCGUGCAAACCCGCCCGCCCUCACCGCGACGCAUGGCCCGCAUGCAGCGCCACAGCAAGUACAACGCUCCGGCGAAAGGCAGCGCGGAAAAGACGACCACCCACCAUCUACAGAGGACCAUCCCGGGAGGUGUACUGUUUAUGGAACUGAGCCUCCACUCCCAGUUCUUCACUGUGAGGCAGUUUGCUCUGGAGAGUCAUCGGCUGGGUCUGCCGGUCAACUCACACCUCGCUGUGGUCUUCACAGACGAGUGUGACAAGUACAAGGACCUGAAGCAUCUGCACUCGUUCUCCCACGACUUCCACCUGCGCUGCGCGGCGCUGUACAUGAGCGGACGUCAGCUCAUCUUCCCACAGUGCUACGACCUCAGCACCUUCCUGGCCGGUGUCGUCAACUUCUUCAGCCGGCCGCCUCGUUUCUCUCAGAACCACAUCCUCUCAGACACCAUCACAGAGGAGUGUCCGAAGCUGGAGGCCAGUCAGCUGUUCAGCUACACCCUGGAGCAUGCCGACAGUUACGGGUUCAAGUCCCUGGCAAUGAGCGCACAACCGAGCCAGUCGGCCAUGAGCGGCCAGAUGGGCCAGGCUGUACAGCAGCAGGACUUUGCUCUUAUCUCUCUCACCACAGGUGCCACUCCCCAUCCAGAAGUGACCACUACCCUCCCUAUGAAUGACUUUGAUGUGAGCCUGUUCGUGGUGCGUAACGCGGACCCCCGACAGAGCAAUGCCUCCGUGCUGACACUGCAGUACUACGUCAUUCUCACCAGCAGGAGGGACAUGUUCCCACGACUCACGGUUGACGAGAAGAUCGCGUUCCGUACGCUUGCGGGGCGUGGGAACCACCACGUGGGGCAUCCCGAAGACGACAUGCCGCCAUGGCUGCAACUACUCCUCUCCGAGUCCGUCACCGCGCGCCAGAAAAUCUCCGGGACGAUUGACGAUGCCCAGCUGCACUGCCGGCGCGACCAGCUCUGGAACCGCCUGCAGUUCGAGAAAACGGAAAGCGAGGACCGGAAGGGGCGGCGGAGUGAGAGCGAUGAGAAGACGCGCCGGGAGUCCCUCGGGAAUGCAAAGCUCAGCUUUGAGGAGUUUCAGGAGCUGAUGGGUCUCGUCGUGUCACGUGCUCUCACAGACAUGGACCCCUCGCUGACGACCCUACUGAGCAUGGGAACGGCGUGGUACCAGGGUCUACUCCGCGUCCUACAGAGCCGUUUUCCCGCGAAGAGUCGCCACUUCACCAGCCCCGACACGCACCACCACUACCUGGCCGUGCUCAGUAACCAUGACGACAAUUUCAUCCUCCUCCACAUGAACACGCAGGCACGUUUUGCCGAGCUCAGCGCAGUUUUCCGCGUCGAGAACCAGCAAAGCCUGGUGACCAAUGGGGACGGGUCGCCCGCGGCGGACUUGCAGCGCCACCUAGAAGCAGUGGUGAACGCUGCAGCCUUUCAUCUGUGGUCUAGCUUGUUGUAAGAGCGCCAUCUAGAGGCUGUGGUGAACACUGCAGCACUUCAUCUGUGGUCCAGCUUGUUGUAACAGCGCCACCUAGAGGCUGUGGUGAACGCUGCAGCCUUCCAUCUAUGGUCCAGCUUGUUGUAACAGCUCCACCUGGAGGCGGUGGUGAACACUGCAGCAUUUCAUCUAGGUGCUCCAGCUUGUUGUAAUGCUAUGAGUAUUAUUGAAUUUAUCACUCCGUGCAUUUAUAGGUAUUACAGAUCUUGUGCAAUGGUGAGCUGGACUUGC